UCUCGAGGAAAGCAAAUUAACUACCAACAUCUGUUAAAUAGAUUGAUACCAAACAUUUGACUUUGUUCUGCUAUUAGUAUUGGAUAAGUUUGACCGAUGUUAAUGGACUCAUUUAUUUCUUCUUUUGUUUUUGUUUGUAGUUGAUGGUGCCAGUAUUCCAUAGAAGCUGCAAAGAGAUGGUUGAUGAGUGGGAGAAGGUGGUGAAAUCUGAAGGAAUCACCUCUUGUGAAUUGGAUGUGUGGCCUUAUUUACAGAAUAUGACUUGUGAUGUAAUUUCCAAAACAGCAUUUGGAAGCAGUUAUAAAGAAGGGUCGAGAAUUUUCGAAUUGAUUAGAGAAAUGGGCACUCUUAUUGUACAGAUUGCUCGACAAAUCUAUAUACCAGGAUGGAGGUACGUAAAAAUAUGAAGCAUAUCUUCUAUAAAAACAAUUUGUUCAGGAUUUAGAAAUUUGAAUUUUUCUACAUUCUUGAACUAUAAAACAAUUUCUCUUUGACUUUCGCUUGACUCGUAAUAAGAAAAUCAUUGAUUUAUGCCCAAACAUAUAUAAACACUCAUAUGCCAUCAUUUGAAGAAUAAAAGUUCGAGUUAUUAGAAUUGACAAUUUUCCUUUUUUGUAUAUUCUUCUUAAUUACUCAUGAUCUCCAGGUUUGUACCAACCAAGGUAAACACUAGAAUGAAACUAGUGCACAAGGAGAUUCAAGAAUCAAUGGAGGGGAUCAUCAACAAGAGACAGAAAGCAAUGAGAAUGGGCGACGACGCUGUCUCCAACAACGACUUGCUCGGUCUGCUGUUGGAAUCAAACAACAAAGACGGGUAUAUGACAAUAGAGGAAGUGAUCGAGGAAUGCAAGUUGUUCUAUUUCGCCGGGCAAGAGACUACCUCCACAUUGCUGGCUUGGACAAUGAUCCUUCUGAGCAAGUACCCCGCAUGGCAAGAACGUGCAAGACAGGAGGUCUUGCACGUUUUAGGCACCGAUCUUAACAUUGACUUCACCGCCCUCGACUCGAGCAGUCUCAGCCAGCUUAAGACCAUGACCAUGAUCAUAUACGAGGUCCUCCGACUGUAUCCCCCGGCAACACAGUUGAUUCGUGUUGUCGAGAGAGAUACAAAGCUGGGUGAUUUCGUUCUGCCCGCGGGAACUCAGAUGGCCCUACCGGCGAUCCUCAUCCACAAGGACCCCGAGAUCUGGGGGGACGACGCGGGGGAGUUCAACCCAGAGAGAUUUGCCGACGGGAUUUCCAAGGCGACGAAGAACCACAAUCAACAGGGUGCUUACUUCCCCUUUGGAUGGGGUCCUCGGAUUUGCAUUGGCCAGAGUUUUGCUAUGAUGGAGGCUAAGAUGGCUUUGGCAAUCAUACUGAAGAGGUUUUCCUUCGAGCUUGCGUCGUCAUAUGUCCAUGCUCCUUCCACAGAGGCCCUUACGCUCCAGCCACAGUUUGGUGCUCGACUCAUCCUUCAUAAGCUUUGAACAAAAACUAGUUGAUCGGGAUUUAAUUCCUUGGGUAGAAUCAGUUGCUUUUGUAUGCAUGUGAGCAAUACAUUACUAUGAAAUAAACUUCUCCCUUUAGAGAUCACAAUAUUGCCUGGAAUUCCACGAAGAAUAGUUUGGUAAUUAUUAGAGAUCACAUGUUCAAAUAUUUUUAGUAGCAUCCAAUUAAAACGAAAAACCAAACCGUAUCACCCUUAUGAAAAUAAAACAUCAAGAAUCUCUCACCUUCAUUACAGAACUGCUCACGAGUCACGAGUGAAAAGUGAAAACAUUCCUUUGCUCUCUGUUGUAUUUGAAACUUUGCUUUGGAUUUGUGAGACUCGGUUUAUAACCAUGGAGCCAAAGCCAAACUUUAAGAAACUGUAAUUAACAAAGAACGGGCUGAAACUAACUAAAAGAACUAGUCUAUAGUUAGUAACUUGAAAAUUGUGUUAUCUUUUCCUAUUAUUUAAGAAAACUAGUUGCAUUGUCGAUAAUAAAUAAAUUGCUCUCAAUUAGGGGUAAACAAAUAUAUGGUUCACACCGAAUUGAAUUGUAAAAAAUCGAUAUUUGGACCGAAUAUAUAUUGAUUUGGUUUUGAUCACAUACUAUUUUGAAUAUGAAAAAAGUGGACCAAAAUUAAAUUUGAUUCACAUCAAAUCUAGCUAAACAUGUCUUGCUUCUGUCCGAGUCCUCAUUUUUUUCUUUAAUUACAGCUGAUAUUAUCUUGAUUCGAUCUGGUUCCGAACCAAAUUUACUGAUGUCCACCUGUCAUCUCUAACAACUUGAUUAUGUACCAAUAUUAAAUAGAGUAUUUUCUAGCUAUGUACAUACAUAUAGUUGUGGAAAUGAUUGGUUGAUUUCUUUGAUUGAUAGAAUGAAUUAGAGAUAUUAAUACAAGAGUGAUACAUGAAUAUUAAUUGCUGAAGGAGACUUUGGCAGUGAUAUAGUAAGGCAAAGGCUACAUCAGUGGGUCAUAUUCCCCAUCGGUAUUAGUCAUAGACCAUUAUAUUUAUAUAUGUCUAAAUUAAACUCGACCCAUCAAACUACGAACAUGAUGACGUUGGAACAUAAUCUAAUCUGGUCUGGGAAAACAUUAAUCGCACAGAUAAAUAUACGUCAUAAUCAAUUUUGGACGUGGUGACGAUUAUUUGAUUUAUUAAUAUUUAAUAAUACGCUUCUGGAGGAAAAUGACUGAGCGAAGGCAAAGUGAGAAGCUUUAAUAUGGACUCUCGGCUCCCCACUUACGAAUUACGACAAAGCAAACACGUGGCUCUCUCCAUAUUGCCACAAACAUAUGGCCAAUUUUCCUUAGGCAGCUCAUAGCCUCAUAUACAUACCCAUCCUUUUCUUAAAAUAAAUUAAGUUUAUAGUU